UGCAUUAUGCCUCUAAAUAAAAAGCAACAACGUCACCUACAAAAUCCAUCUCACCAAAUUUGUUUCUCCUUUUGGUCAGAAACUUCAAGAAACUGAAACAAAGAAAAUGGUAUUCAGUUGCAUAGACGAGAGCUCUUCCACUUCAGAAUCUUUUUCACCCGCAACCACAACCGCCGCAAAGUUCUCUGCUCCUCCGCUUCCACCGUUACGCCUCAACCGGAUGGGAAGCGGUGGAAGCAACGUCGUGUUGGAUUCAAAGAAUGGCGUAGAUAUUGAUUCACGGAAGCUAUCGUCGUCAAAGUACAAAGGCGUGGUUCCUCAGCCGAACGGAAGAUGGGGAGCUCAGAUUUACGUGAAGCACCAGCGAGUUUGGCUUGGCACUUUCAGCGAUGAAGAGGAAGCUGCUCACUCCUACGACAUAGCCGCCCGUAAAUUCCGUGGCCGUGACGCCGUUGUCAACUUCAAAACCUUCCUCGCCUCAGAGGACGAUAAUGGCGAGUUAUGUUUUCUUGAAGCUCACUCCAAGGCCGAGAUCGUCGACAUGUUGAGGAAACACACUUACGCUGACGAGCUUGCGCAGAGCAAUAAACGCAACGGAGCGAAUACGAAUACGACUCAAAGCGACACCGUUUCGAGAACACGUGAAGUGCUUUUCGAGAAGGUUGUCACGCCUAGCGACGUUGGCAAGCUAAACCGCCUCGUGAUACCUAAACAGCACGCGGAGAAACAUUUUCCGUUACCGUCACUGUCGGUGACUAAAGGCGUUCUGAUCAACUUCGAAGACGUGACGGGUAAAGUGUGGCGGUUCCGUUACUCGUACUGGAACAGUAGUCAAAGUUACGUGUUGACCAAGGGAUGGAGUCAGUUCGUAAAGGAGAAGAAUCUCCGAGCCGGUGAUGUCGUUACUUUCGAGAGAUCGACCGGUUCAGACCGGCAGCUUUAUAUUGAUUGGAAAAGGUCUGGUCCGAGCAAAAACCCUGUUCAGGUUGUGGUUCGGCUUUUCGGAGUUGACAUCUUCAACGUGACAAGCACGAAGCCGAGCAACGUUGUAGACGCGUGCGGUGGAAAAAGAUCUCGGGAUGUCGAUAUGUUUGCGCUACGGUGUUCCAAAAAACACGCUAUAAUCAAUACUUUGUGACAUUUCCUUUUUCAUUUUUAAUUUAAUAUUUGUCAAGUUGUAGUAGGAUGUGAAUCUUGUGUUUUUUUGUUUGUCAAUGAAUCUUGUGGUUAUUCUUGCCAAAUUAGCAAAAGAGGAGAAGAGUGUUUUUUUUCC